AUGUGCGACUAUUCCAUAUUUUCAGAGGCUUCGCGCAUCCUACAAGAUGUGUUGCUUGCGGACUCCCGCCUCAGACUCCCGCCGUCCUUCGUUGAAGCUUCCAAGAAGAUCAAGUUCGUCGGUGGUGAUGAAAAGCCUUUUGUCCUUACCCCUUUAAAAAUAACCGAGUCAAGCGCCUCAUUGACUGCCCUAGUAGCCACUGCUGCAAAUGUAGCCGCUGCGGAGAGGUACGGCAUCGAAUACCAAGACGUUGAAGUCAACACAGAUUUGGCCACUCUCUAUCUAGAAUCAGUCUUGCUUCCUACAAUUCGUGGAAAGCAUUUCCUUGAGAACAAACAGAUGGCGAUGGAGCUUGGCAAAAUGGAUGUUUAUCAGAUGAGCAAGCCCAUCAGACGCAAUACGACCAACGUCUACCGGACAAAGGAUGGGCGGUGGUACCACCUUCACGGUUCUAUGAAUGCGGGGCCUACAAUGGCAAUGGUGGGCGUCCAGGAUACCGACGCCACGCAAGAGCAAGCUGUUGAGAUAUAUAGCGAAAAGGUCUCACAGUGGGAAUCCAACGAGAUCGAACGUGUAGCCAACGACGAAUACAAACAAGCAGGCGUUGUCUGCUACACGCCGGAGGAAUUCUUCUCAAGUGAGCAUGGGAAAGCCAUGUCCCAAGUGCCACUAUGGGAUUCAAAACCACUGAGGGCACCACGGAAAACUUGGCCGAACACAAAGGACUACGCGAGUUAUCAACCUCUUGCAGGCUUCCGAAUUAUUGACUUUUCUCGGGUCAUCGCAGCUCCCGCUGUAUCUAAGCUUCUGAGUCUCCUCGGAGCUGAUGUACUUCGUGUCUCCUGCGACAAGCUGCCUGAGGUGGUGACAACAAUGCCAGACCUGCAAACUGGAAAGCGGGACACGAACAUUGAUAUAAAGACUGAAGAGGGGAAGCACACCUUUGCUGAGCUCGUAAAGGGAGCGGACAUUCUCAUCGAUGGAUUUCGCCCUGGGGUUCUCGAUCGCCUUGGCUUCAACUCAAAGACUUUACGCGAAUUGAACCCCAGCCUGAUCUACAUGCGCGAGAACUGCUACGGCUUCAAAGGUCCGCUGGCCUAUAGAUCGGGCUGGCAGCAGAUAAGCGACUGUUUAGUAGGCCUAUCCUACCUUCAAGGGCAGUUCCUUGGCCUCGAUGAAGCCGUCGUCCCUCUCCUUCCCAACUCUGACUACCAAACAGGCUUGGUUGGUGCAGUUGCCGCUAUCCAGGCCUUGAUUGCUCGCACGAAGGACGACGUGACAUUUGACAUUGACAUCAGUUUGACGCAAUUCAACAUGUGGUAUUACCAGCUUGGUUUGCACUCAAAGGAACAACAGACCAAGUUACUCGCUCGCGAUCCAGAGUUUCAACCUCGCCACUUUGACGAUAUGCCCAUCUUGGUCGCGAAAACGCAUGCGUCGCUCAAGCGAGUUCGCCCAGACAUGUUCAAACACCCAGAGUAUUUCUGGGAUAUGAGUGGUAAAGGAUAUGGCCUUGAAGAGGACCUAAAGGUUCUUGCUCCUGCAUUCAAGUUUGGUAAGUCAUAUAUUGGUUGGAAGGAACCUACUGGGCGUAGGGGGCGAUCGAAAGCAGAAUGGAUUUCCUAG